AUGAAAUUUGAAGCGAAAGUCCAAAUACUUGGAGCAUUAAAGGAUCAAGCUACUAUUUUUGAAAGUCUUGCUGAUGUUUUGCUCAAAGAUGUGCAAGCGUUGAAAUAUAGUCAAGGGGCUAGUGGUAGCUCAAAGCUGAGCAGGAGCGAGAAGAAGAGCCGAAAAGCUAUGAUCAGGCUUGGAAUGAAGCCAUUCCCGGGUGUCAGCCUUGUCACGCUCAAAAAGAAUGUUUUCAAGAGCCCUGCAUCAGACACAUAUGUUAUAUUUGGUGAGGGAAAGGUUGAGUACUUGAGCUCUCAAUUGCAGUCUCAAGCUGAGGAUGUAGAUGAGAGGAGAGCUGAAAGAUGCCAAGAUCAUUCCAGAUGCUAA